GACAGCACGACUCCACGGUGAUCUUCUCCUGUAGGCAUGGCCCUCUGCCGUCCCCGGCUGUUGACGCUGGCUCUGGUGGCGCUGUUGGUGCUGGUGGCAGCAGUCUGCAUGCCGCCGAGUGCGGCGGCCAGCGCUGUCGGCGUCUGCAUCCGCAACUGCGCGCAGUGUAAGAAGAUGUUCGGGCCCUACUUCGAGGGCCAGCUGUGCGGCGACGCGUGCCUCAAGUUCAAGGGCAAGAUGGUGCCCGACUGCGAGGACGCCGCCUCCAUUGCGCCCUUCCUCAGCAAGCUCGAGUAGCCGCCACACGCCGGUCUCAGGCUUAAUAAAGUCCGUCUGCAAAGCUAA